CCGGACCCCCGCGCCGCCCCCGCUACCUGCGGGCGGGGGCGCGCGGGGGCGGGCGCUGGGGAAAGUUUGUCUCUGUGGUUGGCUGCGCCGCGCGGCGCGGCCGGUCGGGGCGGGCGGGCGGGCGUCUCCGUGUGUUCGCAGGGCAGCGGGAGGCGAGCGGCCGGCUGAGGAGCGCGCUGCCGCCGGUCCCCGGGCGAGGCGAGCGUGUGCGCCGGCGGUCCCCUUCGCGGAGGCAGAGGGAGAGGUACCCGCGCAGCCCUGCCAGCAUGGGGCACCGCGGGGAGAGGGCGUCUUGCCUGCCUCUCCUCCUCCUGCUGCUCGCUUUCUGCAGAGGACGUGUUGUGAGGGUGCCCAAAGGUCCUCUUAUUCGAGUCAUGGGCACAGAGGUGGUGAUUCCUUGCAACGUUAGUGACUACGAUGGACCCAGUGAACAGAACUUUGACUGGGAGUUCUCCCGGGAGACUGACUUCGUGCGGAUAGUGAGUACCUGGGAUUCUACAUUCACCUCUGAGGAGUACCAAAAACGUGUGGGCCACGGGGAUAUCAAACUGAGACGGAGUAGCAACGAUGCUGUGGAACUUGUGAUUAGAAACAUCCAGCCAACUGACCAAGGGAGGUACAAAUGCUCCACGCCCAGCACUGAUGCCACCGUUCAGGGAAAUUAUGAUGCAGAGGUCCAAGUGAAAGUGAUUUCUGAUGGUUUAUCAGUGAGUGGUUCAAAAGCACGUUCCUCAGUGUCUCUCAGGCUGUCUGAGGGUGACUCCUUCAAGUUGCGCUGCUCAGCAAUUACCACCUCACCAGAGCACACUCACCUGCAUGUGACUUGGCAGAUCAAAGGAGGAUCGACUUGGCGGGACAUCCUAUCUUUGACUCAUGAAGGCAAAUUCCAUCCGGGUCCUGGCUAUGAAGAGCGCUAUCGUAAUGGAGAUAUCCGCUUGGACACAGGAGCGAAUGACACAUAUCGGUUAUCUGUAUCCCAGGCCUCGUCGGUGGAUGGGGGUGUCUACAGGUGUCUUGUGAGCGAGUGGGUGAGAGGGGCAGAUAGUUCAUGGCAGAAGAUUCAGGAGAAGAGCGUGGAGAUAGCAAGUGUGGCAAUCCAACGGACUGCUCUAGAUGUGGUCAUCUCGACAAGCAAUGUGUCUGUGACCGAAAGAGACUCCCUGGAUCUUACAUGCAACAUCACAACAGACAGGAAUGGUAUUUUCCAAGCUGAGGUGCUGUGGUAUUUUUCUGCGUCACCUGAUGAUACCUUGUCAGAUGCUCAGGUUUUGCUGAGCGUGGACCGUGAUUCUGUUGUCAGUGAUUCAACUCUCAUCAGCCUGAGCCAUGUAGAUAGGAACUCAUAUCGCCUGUUGGUACGUGAGGUGGAUGUGGAAGACUCUGGCUACUACUUCUGCCAAGCAGCUGUCUGGGUACCACUGCACAAUGGGAGCUGGCAUAAGGUGGUGGAGAGGACAUCUGCACCAGUCAGUGUGGUGGUGACAGCGUUAGAGCCAGACUAUGAGGUGUUCCUGAAUGCCUCUAAAACACCUAAGUUUUCAGAUGACCCCACAGAGCUCAAUUGCAGGAUCACAAAUGCACAGGACACCGAAGCAAACAUCCGCUUCACUGUUUCCUGGUACUACAGGCAGCGCCUGCGCAGCGACGAUGUGGUGACGGAGGAACUCCUGGCCACGAUGGAUGCAGACUGGACUCUGCUGCUUGGGGACAGGAGCAGAGAGCGUACUCAGAAUGGGGAAAUAAUCUUCUCUAAAAAGACUGCUGACAUUUUCAGUUUACGAAUCCAGUGGACUUCAGAAAGUGACAGAGGCGAUUAUUUCUGUGUCAUCUCUGCAUGGAGUAGGCACCGCAACAACAGCUGGGUAAAGAGCAAAGAUGUGACUUCUGCAUCUGUCAGCAUUUUCUGGGCUACACAAGAUUACACGCUUACAGUGGAGGCCGUGAAAUUGAAGCCAUUCUUUGUAGCAGGUCACACCUUUGAGAUGACAUGCAAAGUGUCUUCGAAAAACAUCAAGACGCCACGCUAUUCUGUCCUCAUUACAGCUGAGAAGCCACUAACGGAUCAGUCGAAUCCCAAUGGAACCACUCGCAUAAUCUCCUUGAACCAGGAUUCAGUAGUGCGGCUGGAAGACUGGACGGACCAGACUCGUGUAGACGGUGUGGUUCUGGAGAAGGUCCAGGAGAAUGAAUUCCGCUACAGGAUGUAUCAGACCCAGAUUUCUGAUGCUGGCUUGUAUCGCUGUGUGGUGACUGCCUGGUCUCCAGGUGGUGGUGGCAUGUGGCGUGAAGCAGUGAAUGGCUUAUCCAACCCUAUCCAGAUAGACUUCCAGACAUCAGGUCCUGUGUUUAAUGUCUCGGUGCAUUCUGAUAACCCAACGAUUUACCAGGGUGAACUGGCAGACUUGCUGUGUAUCGUCACAAUGGAAGGAAUGGCACUUGAGCCAGAUGAUAUGUCCUUUGAUGUCUCCUGGUUUGCUGUGCGCUCCUUUGCAUUGGACAGAGAGCCUGUCUUGCUGGCCUCGCUGGACCGGAGGGGGAUUGUGAUGCAGAGCAGGAGAAACGGGAGCAGUGAUCUCAGCCUGGAGAGAAUCAGCCCGUUGGAAUUCCGGCUCCGUGUGCAUGGCUGUGAGGACCACGACUUUGGCAACCACUACUGCGUAGUGACCCCGUGGGUGCGAUCUGCCACUGGUGUAUGGCAGCGGGAACCUGACAUCAAAGCCAAACCCAUCUUUCUGUCUGUGAAAAUGGAUGUUCUGAAUGCUUUCAAGUAUCCCCUGUUGAUUGGCAUCGGUCUGGCUACUGUCAUAGGACUCUUAUCCUGCCUCAUUGGCUACUGUAGCUCCCGUUGGUGCUGCAAGAAGGAAGUGCAGGAGACAAGACGAGAGCGUCGCCGGCUAAUGUCGAUGGAGAUGGACUGAGCGUGGGAGCCAGACACACUUGCAUUUUGGGAGAGACUCACAGGGCUCUUGACUGUGCUGAGACACUCACUCACAGGGCCAGACAAGACAGUGCGUUUCCUCUCUGAUUUCAGCCUGGACCUCAAGCUUCUCCUUGUUACACGUCAUGUCCUGAGAGCAUUCAGGCCAUAUUUAGUGACUCGGAGUUCUCCUUUUCCAGCAGCACUUUCUGCAUAGGGAUCAUUUCCUUCCAAUGUGCAAACUGUUGAGCCUUCUUUCAGCAGGGCCCUGUGACAAAAUUUACUAAGGUUUUUGUUUGCUUGUGUCCCCGUCCCCGUCCCCCCCCCCUUGAUUUUGAAAAUAUGUCCCUGUAUGAAAGCACGAUGGGCAGGGCAAUGGGUAGGAAAGGGGCUGGUAGAAGCGUUAGACUUUCAUUGUAUUAACCAAUCUACUUUUCCCCUCUACCCCCAUCACAUUAUCCUGUUCCCUUUCUCUGUCCACCUUGGUAUCUCACAGACUUCUUUGUGCUGGGUUGAAGGCUGGAGAAAGUUCUUCUGCUGGUGCCUCAUGAAGCUGUCCCAGCAAAGAAUUGGUUUAUGGUUGUCAGCACGCCUUCUCUUCCCUGGCGUUUGCAGUUAUCCCCAAAACAUAACUUGCCUGGAGGUCUUUGAGACACUUUUUUUUAAGCUUCCUUUUUAUUUUAUUUUCAGUGUCCAAAGUUCUUAGCUGUGGUGAAUAGGGGCUAACUUGGCAACCCUGAAGAGUCAAUCCUCAGACAAGCAUUUGUUGAAUGUCUGCUUAUGGCCACCUUCUCCCCUGCCCUUCCACUUUGUUUUCUCCUCACUACAGCUGCUCACGUUGUGCCUGAGACCCUGUUCUGCUUGUGGCAGGGGGCACAUGGUGUCUAGGGACAAGGCCCAGCCUUCUGCUGGCCUUGGCAGAGAGGUGGGAGACCUUGCCCCACUGGUGAUGGUGUGACUUAUGGAGGAGGAAAAAAAAAAAAAAAAAAAAAAGGAUCUUUGUCUGCAGUUGGCCAACUAAUCACUUUUAGAGAAGGCUUGUAAACUAUAUAUUACCAAAUGCACAGACCAGACUGCAAUGCUGCUUCUGCCAGUCACUCAGUGGUAACCACUGAACCUGUGAGCAGAGUCUGAGAUCUGCAGAAGCCGAUGUGCAGCUCAGGGUAGGAAUAGGAGCAAGCCCAAGAGGGCAGCAAGAAUCCUUCAAGUUCCAAUGGUCCUGGUCUUGUGCAUGGGCCUGCAGCAGGGCUGUCCCCAUGGGUUUGAGACCUAUUCCUAGGUGCUAUAGUACAGAAGUCCUGCUCUGGUCUUCCACAUACACUGACCUGGCUCCUGAGUGGGAGCAGCUCCUUUUCCAGGCAGUUCUGUCUCCCCAGCACAGCUGGUGUGUUAAGCAAUAAAAGUCAGAAUAAAGAUACUGUGUAUAAACAAACAAGGAAGUAGGACUGUACUGCAAUCUGAUGUCAGCCAGGGUUUGGCUCGCAUCAAGAAGUGUGAGAAAUGUAGAGUUGAGGCCAGGGCUCAAUCCUUUCCAGAUUUUUUUUUUUAAGGUAAAAGAUGUUAAAGGAGAGCAUCCAUGGAAGGUAGUGGCUGUGGUGUGCUGUUGCCAGUCUAGACAUUAGUUAUGUACUAGACCAUCUGCUUCACUAAUGGCUCAUACCACUGCACAUUCCCGGGGAGCUGCAGGUCUAGUAUCUGUGCUAUGAAGGUUUCAUUUCACAUUAGUGUUUGUGGAACCUUGCACUCAACACUGUAGCGAUUCCAAAAUUGGGGUGGUUUUUUGUGGUAAGUUUUCUUUGUGUGGGGUUGUUUUUUUCCUGUCUUGCAUUGUGACCUUUGUUCUGAGGCUGAUGUGAGGGUUUUUUCUAGAAGGCUGUUCUGCUUCCCACAUGCGGACACAUACGCAGUCACAUAUGAAUACAUAUGUAUGCAUAGAGGUGUCCAAUGAUUUUUGGAAGCUGAAUGUGAGACAUCUUCAAAAUGGACUUGAUUUGCAGAGUUGGGGCUUGCAACUUAUUUGAUGCAUGGGACAAAUGACACCCAAAACCUAUAAACCUCUGGAAGACUUUGGUCUGAACAUUCAUAGCAACUUUUCUUUCUGGCCUGAUGUUUUACUUUCUGGAAGAGCUCUGAAGAGGCCUAUGUUGCAGGCAGAUGUAGCUGCCUCUGCUGAGGAACAGGGCAGAAGCAGUCUCUAGCUUCUGCUGUGAAAACCCAGAAAUCGGUAGUGGUGCUUUCCACAGGAAGGGAAUUGAGGAAAGGAUUCACUCAGAUAUUACUUUGACAGCAAGAAUUUUUCUUCCUCUCCUGUCUGUCUGCUGUAGUGAAAUCCUGCUUUUUCUUUGGGUGUUAUGAAACACCCUUCUGAUGUUUGGGAUGCUGGCUGUCCUUCCCACACUGAUCUAGCAGCUUCUUUCCUGCAUUAACAUCCACUUUCUUCAUGGAAGGCCUGUGGCAUUGGGGCAUCUUGGGAGGGGUGGUUAAGUGGUGGUGAAGUUCGAAGCACAGCAUCAGUCACUUUCUGUCCUUGCAGAUUGACUCCUUGUUUAUGUGCUCUUGGUGAAGUUUUAGGGAGAGUGGAUCAUGACUGUAAUGCAAUAAUUAGGGAAUGAAUGAGCAGGGAACCGCCAGCUCUUCCCAAGCACACGACAUAGCACACUUUCUCCCUGCUGGAAAAAACUCAGGGUUAUUUUGGUCAGGGCUCCCUGCUCCUCUAGUGAAAGGUCCCCAUGUCCUUAGCUAAUGCUGAUCUUCCUUCGUGGCCUGUAACAAACCAUCUUUGUCAUUCCAAGUGAAGCAAGUUCACUGCUAGCUCGUACUGCUGCCAGCCCCUUGGAAGGCAAUGCUGCAUCCCCUUCCACCCUGUAUUUGCUGUAGUUGGAAGGCUAGAAGUUGAGGGGCUAGACUUACCCCCCAGGUUUCCUUCUACUUGUGCCAAUUUUGUAUUAUCCCCUUUUUUAAAAUAGAGUGGGAGUCUUAUCUCUAAUGAAAAAAAAACUAGGUCACUUUUCAUGUUUUUUAUUAUUAUUAUUUCCUGUGUGACCAGGGUUUGUGUGAGUGGAGGUGUGUGUGCAUCUGGUUGUGUAUUAAACCUGCAGAGUAUCAGAAGAGUAAGCUGCCUGAGAUGCAGUGCAAGCAUCCAUAUCCUCCCUGCUGCAACCUGUGGUAUUGUCAAAGUAUCCUAAGGGCUCACGUUGAUCUUCCUCUGUUCUCAUUGCUACAUUUCCUGGUUAAGCUAGUAAGUUCCUCCAGGCACUUGGAAUUUAGAUCCAGGACAAGCUUGAACAUCAUAUAGCAGAAGGGCAAGAUACUUACUUUCUUUUGUUUUAAUUUCAAAGUUAUAAAAUAAAGUGUUUGGCACAAUUCUGGAAUGCAGGUACUGAAUAGUUCUAACAAUGCUGUGUAAAAUGUUUCUUUUUAUGUUUAAAAUAAAGAGCGAGCCUUUUUGAUUA